CUGCCCAAUGUACUAGGUUUCUCAUUUAUUUUUAGGUGUAUUUUUGCAACUGAGACCUAAAUUAAGAGUAAAUAACCAUGAAAGUCUUCACCCCUGUGCUAGUCUUUCAAAAAAUGCCCUCAGGGAAAGGCAGAGACAAAUUCAGCAUUCAAUGUUUGGAGUGCUUUGGUAAAAACCUCUAUAUAGGGACCAAAGAGGGAGUCGUUGAGUACCUCACUGUAAAUAACACGAGCGCUGAAGAAAGCCUUUCAGUGCGGGAGGUGGGGAAGAGACAGAUGGGCCGAACCGGCGCAAUCGGCCAGCUGACGGCGGUCCCUGUUCUGAAUCAUCUCUUAGUUCUCUGGGACGGUUCGGUCACGGUGCUUAACAUGUUCUCCCUGGAACUCCUUCCUGCCCUGAAGAAAAUACAGAACGUGUCACUCUUUUAUGUCAGUGAGUCAGUGGUUCAGACUGAUUCCGUCGAGCUCAUUGCAGCUUCGACCAAGAGGAAAACAGUGAGUGUUUAUAAGGUGUGUGUGGACAGAUGGGAGUGUGUGAGACAGGUGGCUCUGCCGCAGGAACCUGUGGUUCUGGCUGUGCAUGGGACGUGUCUGUGUGUGGCCACUUGUGACAGAUAUUUUCUCCACGACUAUCAGAGCCAAACCACCCUCGAUCUUUUCCCACAUAACCUGAGAAAGCAAAAUAUCAUUGCCAACAAAUGUGGAAAAGGAGAAUUCAUUUUGAAUGGGCCUGGAUGUUUGGUGAGGCUGAGCGUCUUAGACACACUGAGCAAGGAUCUACAUAAAAAUGUAAUCUGUACAUCUGGAAUGAUAAAGUUCUAUAGAGAGGCUUUUGUGGAAGCAAAAGAGCUUUUUAUUAAAGGUGAACUAGACCCAAGGGAAAUCAUUAGCCUUUAUCCAGCUAUGCCUGUUAUGAGUGAAGACUUUACACCUCAGACAACAGCAGUGAGCAAUGCCAAGGACCUGUGGACGUUAAGUCGAGACGAUUGGCCGACAUUUCAACAGUACCUAAUCUUUUUGGAUGACUUCUUGAGAGAAGUCAGGCCAACAGGACAGGGCCAAAUGUGUCCUCAGGACAUCGACUCAGCACUUUUUAAGCUGUAUUUGGAACAAGGUGAAUAUGGAAAACUGGACCAGCUUGUGUCGACGCAGAAUAACUGUAACCUCCAAACGUGUGUGCCUGACUUGGAACAGCACAAAAGGUUUUUCACACUUGGAUUGCUCUAUCAAAGUCAAGGCCAGCAUUUCAAUGCAAUUCAGACCUGGGUUAAAAUUAUGGAAGAGCAGAGUGAGGACCCCUCACACAUCAGCGUAUUCCAGCAAAUAGUUAAUACUCUCUCAAAUCUGGAACAUAAACCCAUCAUCUGGAAAUUUGUAGACUGGGUUCUUCAGAGAGACCAAGAGGCUGGAAUACUGAUCUUUACAAAGACGCAUACACGCAGCCAUGUUACAUUGGCACCAGAAGAAGUCCUUACCAUUCUCACCAGCUACCCACUUGCUAUGACUCUCUACUUGGAAUAUUUAGUCAAUGAAUUACACAGCAAGGAAGAAAAGCAUCAUACCAUGCUCAUCACAUCAUAUGUCAAAUGGAUACGGCAGUCAAUCGAGGAUGACUACAACAAUAAAACAAGCAAGGAAGAGAUGAGACAUAAACUACAGCAAUUACUUUGGCAAUCUUCUUGCUAUAAUGUGGACACCAUAUAUGACCAAAUAACACCAUCGUUUCUUCAUGUGGAGAGAGCAAUUUUACUUGGGAAGUCUGGUAAACACAAAAAGGCCCUGCAGGUUUUGGUCCAUGAAGGAAAAGACAAGCAGGCUGCUGAAAGCUACUGUUGGAGGACCUCUGCUGGACGAGACAGGAAGUUCAUUCAGGGAAUGUUUCUCUCCCUGCUUCAAAUCUACCUCGAGUCCUGUCAACAUGUUAUCACGGCAGUGGAUCUGCUGAACAAAAAUUCAGCGUCUUUUGAUUUAGUCAGUGUGUUGAGGGUGCUGCCGGCCUCCUGGUCUCUUAAACUGGUUCUGCGGUUCCUCUGUGAAUCACUGAGAGGAACAGUGCAUGACAAAAGAAUGAGAGGUCUGGAGAUGAGCCUAGCCAAGGUGGAAACCCUAAGACACAAGCAUGUCUGGAUGGAAGCAACGCAUGAAAAGAUCCGAGUUGACAGAGGAUGUGUUUGCCAUUCAUGCCAGAAACGUCUUACAGGGCCCGAGUUCCUGCGCAGGCCGACAGGAGAGCUGACACACAUAUCCUGUCACGGUGGAGAAAGCGGACACUGAACAACAAAGACACUAUUAUUCACACCUAUUCACAUUUUAACUCUCAGCAGAUGCUGUUUUAUCAGGUUGCCUACAAUAAAGAUAAGUAAUUACUUGGAUAGUAAGGCAAUUACUAGCACAAAUUGCUGAGAAUAUAUGACACAUGCUAAGACACACACCAACAAAGCAAGCCACAAAUACGAGCAGGAAACCCACAACAACUGCACAUAUACUAA